UAGAAGGACAGAAAAGGUGGGAAACGGCGGGACAUCUACACAACUGACCAAACGGUUCGAAGGAUCCGCUUUAUUUCCACAUAUAAACAGAAGCUACGCACGUUUUUUGUGGCAAACGGAAGUUUUAUGUUGAAGGAUUUCACAGGAAGCCCGGUGUUUCAUUUUCGCGCGCUUGCGAUCCAUUCAGAGCGCAUUGUUGGUGCUGCUGCCGACCCGCGGCGCUCCGCUCACUUCACAUCCCGCAGCUGCGAGGGGUGGUGGCGACAACAGCGUCCAGCCUGGCGGUUGUCAGCGUUUGGUUUCCUUCUGGACAAGGACGGCCAGUCGUCCAGCUUUGACAGUGAAACUUGAUGUGCCUGUGAAUCUGAAGCGUUGUGAUCAUGACAUCCUCUGGUGCCUCGGCCGUUGUGCCUCCAUGUUUCCACUACGAAACCAAAUACAUUGUGCUGCACUUCCUGAGAAAGCUGCCUGUCCGCAGAUCACGGACUCCGACCACAGAGCUAGGAGACGCCCAGGAGGAGUGGGAGAGAAGCAGACGAAUGAAACAGCAAAUCGACGAGGAGCUGAAGCAGCUGGAGCAGGAAGUCAAUGACACGUUUUCUGAGUCGGACUUCGACCUGCGCCAGUCGGUGGUGUUCUGCCCGCCGAACCCGGACAACUCCGUGGAGGAGUGCCUCGCCGCCAUUGGGCACAGCGUGUCCCGAGAGCUCGGUCCGCAGCUCUCCGCCGCCGUGGAGAAACUCCUGUCAGGGCCUCUGGACGACCAGAGAUUUCAGAGCACAGCUCUGGAUCUGGCCAGACUCACUGAAUCGUGCUGGAACAAGGUGUUGGUGCCGCUGCUGCUGCUGCGGGCCCUGCAGUAUGAAGGGAAGCCUCUGAAGACGCUGCUGCAGCUGGGGCUGCACUGCCUGCAGGACGACGAGGCGCAGUUCAUCAUCCAGCAGGGAGGAUGGGGUAAAGUUCUGAGCUUGGUGCAGAACGAGGACGAGGAGCCCGCGGCGGCCGUCGCCGACGACAGCAACGACAUCUACAUCCUGCCAGAGGAGCAGCAGCCCGGCACGCUCAGCACCGGCGACAGCGGCGAGCCCAGCUCCUGGCAGACGGACGUCCUGCCGGCGUCCCUGGGCGGCCACGAGUCGUGGGCGCAGGUCGACCUGAUGGACCCCGAAGACGUGAAGGACCUUCACGGCGGCGAGGGCGUGGCGCUGUCCGAGGAGCGCAGCGAGAACAACUCCUCCAACUCCGACAUCGUCCAUGUGGAGCGGGAGGAGGCGGAACUCAUGGAGGAGGACGGCGACGGCGACACCAUGGAGAACACGAUGAGCCUGCUGAUGUCCGAGAGCGACCUGGUGGCGCUGCGGGUCGAGCUCGGAGACCCGGUUCUGCAUGCACAGCCGCCAUUGUCCCUGGUGCUUCCCGAGGAGCCCGUCGCCAUGGAGACGCCUAAGAGUUUGUCCCCAGCAGCAGAAGCCCCGCCUCCUGCUGCUGGGGUAGAACCCGACCCGGAACCCGAACCCGAACCUCAACCCGAACCUCAACCCGCCCCAGUGCCUGUCGAGGUGGAAGCCACGACUCAAGCUGAGGAAGUCUCACCAGAACCAGCAGAACCUGAAACCCGGCCAGAACCAGUGUCCAUCCCCAAACAGAACACUGAGCCUGAACCAGAACCGGAACCAGAUUCUUCUGAGCCCCCUGCGCCAGAGGUCCUGGCUGAAAAAGUUCCGGUUCUGGAGGUUCCGAAAGAGUCGCCCCAGACCCCAGCGACACCAGAACCAGAAUCGGAGGAAGAGUUCCCGGUUCUGCUGUAUGGCGCAGCGGUUCUGGUUCUGGUCGCCGCAGUGACCUUCAGCCUGAUUCUGUGCAGGAGGAGGAGGUAGAAAUUAAUUUAAAUAAAUGUCCUAUUCUUGAUGUAAAAGCUCCUUAGUGCCGGGUUUCUCUGGUCGGCCCGGUCCAAAAGAACCGGGCCCUGAAGCAGGAUCAUCUCCUCCUCACUCUGUCUUCUGCACGUUUCUGUCUCACCUUUUAUGGUUUUCUAACUUUUCCAGAAGCAAAAGAGAUUUAGAUUUUUUUGAAAAAUGAAUAUUAAUGAAAUAUUUUAUUUUCUGUGAAUCCAGGCAGGAAGUUCUGGUACAAAAAUCAUCUGUUGCACAUUUUACUGCACAUGCAACAAGGUUUUUGUCUUUUGUGAAUAAAAUAUUUUUCCCCCA